AUGCAAAAUGAUACUGUUCUGAUAGACCAAUUGGAAGAUCAGCUCAUUGACCAUCCCGACGCGAAAACACGCAUACAAUUAAAUGCAGAAACCCUUGAUGAAGCGUUUCAAAAGAAACUCAAUGCUCGUGCUGAACAAAUUGCGAAUCAGAAUGCUAUAUUUCACGAUGCUGAAGAUGGCACAGAUGAGAUGGAGAGUAGCAAUGGAAGAAGAGAGCCUCCAGUUACGAUCAAAAACAAUUUGCCCUAUAAAAAUGUUGAAGUAGAAACUUUUGAAACCCAGGUAUCUGAGUGGUUUGUGUCUCAUGACUACGAAAUAUUGCAGCUAAAACUGUUGAAAAGAGAUAAACUGACAAAUCAAGAAGUCCAGAAGCUCAUUGAGGAACUUGGUAAUGAUAUAAAGGACGAAUCAGCCAUUGGAAAUGUGGAAAUUUGGAGAACACUUUUGUAUUUCGCUUUAGGUGAAUACCACGAGUGCACUUCCGUCUCCCAACAAACUGAAUCCAUGAAGAAAAAUCUUCGAAGCUUGCACGAUCUCGGUAUUUCAGAGUUUAUUGCGGUAUUUGUCAAGAGAUUGACCGGUAACAAUGAAGUUGAUGAUCUUACAUUAUUCAUGGUGAUUACAAUACAUUACCUUCUCAUAAUAACGAGUUUGCAUUCUGAAACCAAAUACACAAGAGAAAUGUCUACGAUCAUGCACAAACAUGGCAUUUUGUCCCAUUUGUUUUCCUUCGUUUCCCAACAAGCUAAAAGUCAGCAUCGUACGAGAAACUAUUUGAAAAUCAUCAAACAUCUAAUGCUCCUCCAAUUCGGUACCCAGUCUCACCUAGCCUCAACAAUGUCAUUUUUAAACAAUUUGCAUGGAAUUGAGGUUGAUACAGACUCCAAAUCACUCACUUGCUCGCCUUUGCAGUACUUUACAAUACGAGAGAAUUUGAUGGACAAAUAUCCACUGUAUCCCUUGCUGCAAACGGGCAAAUCACCAAAAGUGGAAAACCAUUACGGCUUCUUCAUGGCCGCUAAUACCUUCUCCAACUCCUUAUCUAACCUCUUGGAGAACCCACGUCCUAAUAGAGCCCAUACGGCACAGACCCAGCUUCCUGCCCAAACCGUGCACAUUGCAACUCCAACACCAACUCCCCCAUCUGUUGCCUCAGAAUUCAUGUCGGGUGGAGAAAAGAUCAGAAAACUGUACCAAAUAAACCAAGGAAUGCCAUUUAUCUAUCCAACAGAUGGCCUUACCGCUAUUCCAAAAGCAGUGGAUGAAGCAUAUAACAUCUUCAGUAGUGCUGUCAAGGAGGACUUGGUUAGCCAGCAAUUUUGGGACGAAAGGCAACGGUUUAUGAAGCAAGAACGAGGAUUUGCGGAAGAGUCGAACAAUACAACAGACGACAAAUAUCGGUACUCUCCUUCUCUUUUGGAGAAGUACCAAGAAAAUACCGAAGAAAUUAACUCGUUGUUACGCAUCGAAGACUUUUAUGAAAAGAAUCUAGCAGACUUUUAUGAUUUCAUUCUGCUUUUAGUGGAGAUUAUAAACGUGAGCAAAAUAGACUACCCAUUGACUUAUGCCGAGUUCGAGCUCAACAGGGCCAUCGCUGGAGAAGCACACUACGACGAUAUCCUGCCGGAAAAGUUGAGACUCUACAUCCAGAAAGAGGCGGAAAUCAUUGCCGUGAAAGAAAUCACAUUGAAAACGAUCAGUGGAAUAGUUGAUAUUCUUUUAACUUGGUUCAAGGUCAGUCAUAUUUUAAAGUGCCAUCACUUGACAUCAGUCUUGUACGACCAGCAAUACUUUGAAGCGUUGUUUGAAUUUUUGAACAAUUGCUUCGACAAUAACAACAUUCAGAUUCGAAAGCUGGAAGUAGACGGUCCUGGAGUGACGUGGGUUUAUCAAAACCGGCUUUUGAAUCCUCAAAUUGAAAUUCCAGAUUUCAACUUUUUCACUGUUUGCCUUGAAAGACAAGUAGACAAUUACCAGUAUCUAUUCAUCAAUAAGGUGCCCUUGAGUGACAUUCCAUUUGAUAAGACCACCAAUGAACGAACAUUGGAAACUUUCAACUACAAUGCAUGCGCAGCUAUCGAUCACUUGCUUAGGAUUGCCGACGAGAUUCUCAUUGACAAUAUGAGCCAGCGAGUGUUUGUUCUCAACGAAUUGAAGCCUACCGACGUAUUAAAGGCAAUAGUUACCAACUACCAAAAUGACCGAAUCAUAACCUCGAUACUCAACAUUCUCAAAAAAUUGGUUCCAUACCAAGGACGAAAAUGGAAAGCAUCCAACAUGGAUAUCAUAUCGAUUAUAUACCUCAAAUGUGACCUAAGUCUUAAAGAUGACUGGCUCAGCGGAAAAGAUUUAGAGAGCGACUUCAACACUGCCUACGAACAAGAAAUUGCCCUUCGGGGACUUUUACAAUUUUUCAACAUGCGCCACUACCCCAAGCAGAUGGAGGAGUUGGGAUACGAUUUAUCAAAGGUUCCACGCCUUGACAUUGAAAUUGACGACACUUAUGUAUAG